AUGUCCAACGCCCAACAAUUGGCUACUCUCCGUGAUCAGCUCAAGAACGAAAUGGGUUCGGCAUCUCCCAACGCCGAUAAAUGCAACGAUCUCCUUGCACGUUCCAAAAUUGCCUUUAUUCAGCUCGGCGUCUUUAACCCUACACCACAAAAUGCCAAUGCCGAUCUCUUGGUUGUUGCACGGGACAUAUUGGAAAUGGGCGCUUAUCACAGCGUACGCACCAAGGACAUUGAGUCUUUUGAACGAUACAUUGCUCAACUCAACACAUAUUAUCAUGACUUGGCAUCUGUUCUUCCAAGCUCACCUCAAAUGUUUCCUUUGAUUGCUCUCAACUUGUUACGUCUAUUGUCACAGAAUCGUUUGUCAGACUUUCACACCGCCCUGGAGACAAUUGAUCCCGAGCAACUUCAAUCCAAUGCAUACAUCAAGCAAGCUGUUGAUCUUGAACAAUACUUGAUGGAGGGCAGUUACAACAAGGUGUGGAGCACGAGAAAGACCGUUCAAGGAGAAGAAUUCAUGUUCUUUUAUGAUAUCCUGAUUGACACAAUCCGUGACGAGAUUGCUAGCUGCAGCGAAAAAGCAUAUGAUUCAUUGCCAUUGCAAGAUGCUAGUACGCUUCUCUUUUUGAAGAACUCCCAAGAACUUCUUAACUUUGCUCAAAAGCGUGGAUGGAAGGUGCACCCCGGCGAACAAAUUAUUCACUUUGGUACUGACGAUAGUGCUGCAGUGGAAAUACCGCAAGAACAAAUCAUCACCCAAACUUUGACUUAUGCUAGAGAAUUGGAACGCAUUGUAUAA